GUUCUUUGCGAACGGAAUUGUAUGGGCCCAGGCCUCAAAUCUUUAACUGUCUCGAUUCUCUCCGGCGUCCCGAUGGAAUUUAUGGCGACUAAAAAGCAAUUUUGGACGGCGACACGAACUAUUGAGGAACUGGAAACUGCUGGGUACUUUGAUAAAGUAGAACAAUCGGAAGACACUUUUGUAGGACACGAUAUAGAAAUUGAUGAGCCACUUAGUAGUGAUGGCAAACUUGAAUCUUACCCAUUCUAUUCCUCAAAAAAGUCAUGGCCUCACCCUAUUCUAAGGGCUUUGGCUCCAGGAACUUAA